AAAUCACUUGCUAGAUUCCAAAAAUCAUUUUUCAGGACGACAAUCAUCAAUCAAUCAUUAAUUCAUUAUCAUACAGAUAAAUUCAUUCAAUUGCAAUAAUACUCACAAACAUUCAACUCCGACAAGAAAUAUGAAACAUGGAAGGUACUCGUACUCAAAAAGUAUACUCGACUCACCUGAAACAUAUACAAAAAAAACUCGAAAUUAGUUUGAAAAAUAUUAAUUAAUAACCAAAUCAUUAAUUUUUUAGAAUGGCAUGAAAACGGAGAAGUGAUAUAGGGAGAUGGGUAUCAAAUGGGUUCCUCCACGAGUCCCUCAAUUCCUGUUGAUGUUCGUUUUUAAUUUUAAAAAAUUGAACUGUUUUGAAUUUUUUUGAUAAAAAAGCGAGACUUUUUUGAAAUUUUUGGAGUUAAAAAAAAAAAACUGAUUUUAGCAGAAAGCGAGAUUUUCACAAUUCAAGAAAAAGGAAGGCUUACGGCUGAUUCUCAAAAAUACACAAAUCAUCAUCAUCUUUUCCAAUUUCUGGCAUAAAUCAAGCGAGGCUUUAGGACAAUUUUCAAAAAAAAAAUUCUGGAUAAAUACACAAUUAAUCUGCGUCAACUUCGUCCACAAAUUACGAAGAUAAUAAAUUUCAAAUGGCUCAGACUCGAUUACAUAACAUAUCUCUCGCAUUAUUCGCGUUAGCCUGUGUGACAACCAUAGGAAUAAUCUGUUAUAUAUUGAUACGUGACUGGAUAUGGGCUCAAAAUCAAAUAAAAAAAGCCAAUGAAAAAUGUAAAGAGUAUAACGAACAAGUCUGUAAGCUAAGUAUUGAGUCAACUUCAACUUCUACUUCUACUUCUACUUCUACUUCUACUUCAACUUCAACUCCACGUUCCAAUACACCGAUUGCCAUAACAGAUGGAGGAAACGUUACAGAAGGGCAGAUUGCUCACCAGGCGUUAAUACAAUUCGAAAACCCAGUCCUUUCGAAAUCGUUUUCAUGUGAAGGCUCGUUAAUCAGCGAACACUACGUUUUGAGUUCUGCUUACUGCAUAACUACAGCUGGACAUAAUCCACGCAUGCGAGUUACAUUGGGAAUUAUGUAUUCGGAAUUAUCUCAACGCAGAGUGUACAAUGUAGCAGCAUUCCACGUACAUCCUGGAUACACCAACCAGGUAGGCUUUCAUGGACUACUCGACGAUAUUGCUCUUUUAAAACUCGAUAAAAAAGUCGACUUCGACCGAACCAUGAGACCGAUAUGUCUGAACACAGAUUAUAAAAUCGAGAAAUACCGCAACAUCGUCAUCGCAUCAGGAUGGGACCACAAUAACGCGGAAGUACGUCUCAGAAUGACACAGUUACGCUUAGACGAGGAUCCAAAAUCAACUUGUGGCAAACAUCUAAACAAGUUCGGUGGAUAUUCCGAGUAUAUAAUUUGUACACUCAAUCCUGGAGAAAACAAAAGCGUAAAUUUUGGUACUAAUGGUGGAGGACCACUGCAGGUAUGGUCUGAUCGAUGUCCGGAUGGGAAAACUCCACUCUACGAGCUCAUAGGGACAGUAGAAAAUUGUCAAACAGGCACCGAGAACGUUACAGAGAAAACUAAUAAUUAUAAUAUUGGACAAGAACAUUUAAUAUACGUAGCUUCGUUCAGCUCCGUGUUUUCAUACGUGUGAUAAUGGA